AUGUCUGACCUUUUUAGCGCUUUUACAAGUAAUCCGGUGGUCGAGUACGGAUGGCCAAGUGUUGAAAGACCAUUUGGAUUACAUUUAUGGCCAAUUUUUUCAUUUUGUUUUGAAAAAUUGGUUGGAUAUCCGGCUGAAGACUUUGAGUUUGUUUACCACCAAACUUUUUUGGCAAAUGGGUACCAUGCUAUUGGAAUAAUUAUAAGUUAUUAUAUUAUUAUUUUUGGUGGAAGAUCGUUAAGUGCUAAAUUGAAAUUACCAGCAUUAAAAUUGAAUUUUUUAUUUCAAUUACAUAAUUUAAUUUUAACUAGUGCUAGUUUAAUUUUAUUAUUAUUAAUGUUUGAACAAUUAUUACCAAUUUUAGUUAACCACGGAAUCUUUUAUGCCAUUUGUAAUGAAAAGGCCUUUGCUCCAAAGUUAAUUACUUUAUAUUAUUUAAACUACUUAACUAAAUACUUGGAAUUAAUUGAUACCGUGUUUUUGGUUUUGAAAAAGAAAAAAUUAUUAUUCUUGCACACUUACCAUCAUGGUGCUACUGCUUUAUUAUGCUACACCCAAUUAACCGGAUCCACUUCUGUUGAAUGGGUUCCUAUCUCCUUAAACUUGGCCGUGCAUGUUGUUAUGUACUGGUACUACUUUUUAAGUGCCAGAGGUAUUAGAGUUUGGUGGAAGGAAUGGGUUACCAGAUUCCAAAUCAUUCAAUUCGUUUUGGAUUUAGGUUUUGUUUAUUUUGCUACUUAUACCCAUUACGCCUACCGUUACUUCCCCUCUUUGCCUCACAUUGGCGAUUGUUAUGGUAGUGAAUUGGCUGCUUUUUACGGUUAUUUGAUUUUAACCAGUUACUUGGUUUUAUUCAUUUCUUUCUACAUCAAAGUCUACAGUACCAAAAAAUCUAAAGCCUCGGCCGCCGCCGCUUCGGCCACCUCCUCUACUGCCACCUCCACUGCCACCGCAUCCAGCGAAGGUAAAGUUAGAUCUAGAAAAGUUUAA